AUGGCUCCGGCUCCGUCAACCGAGGCGGCACUGCAACGAGACCGUCCCCGAGGCCGCCCCAAGGGACCCGGCUCCGGCAAACGCGUCUCGAUCCAAACGAAACGUUGGACGAACGCGUCCGCCGCGACCCAGGCGCAACCUUCCCCCGCCGUAUUCCCUCGGAGAGAACGAAGCACGAGAAUCAGAACUGCUGUGAAUCGCGACGAACGAGAUGAUAUGCAGUACAGCUCCGCGGCAGCUGUGGCCGCGGCCGUCGUGCAGAGCGAAGGAUACAAGCCGCGCGAGGAACGCGGAUGGGAAGAGUUCCACCCCAAUCUUGACAUUGAAGCCACCUUUAUUGUUCUCCAGGCAGACGAAGUGGACGGAAUCAUAAAAUCUAUCCCACCCACCCCGGCUGCCCAGGCCUCUGCCAUGAACGGGACAGGCACUCCCACCAAGGAGGCCAACCCGGGUUUGACAAACGAGGUAAACGGAACGCCAAGCGGGAAAGACAAGCAGUCUAUCGGUUUAACGCUAGCAGAUACGCCCACCAGGCGCCGGCUUGGCAGGCCCGCGCGGGAGUCGUUCUCGUUGUAUGCCACCCGAACCCUCGACUUUGGCGCAGGCCCCAAGGUCCCCAAGGUCCUUCCCAUCUCUGGCCAGACCUCCAAGGAGCGUCUCGAUUUGAAGCAGCCCCAGUACCGCAAAACCAACCGGAUUGCCUUAUUCGAGAGCAAGACUUUCGGGCAGGCCAGAUACGUCGAUAAGUCGAUGAUGAAUGUCGGAUAUCAAGAGAGCGACAACUUCAUUCGACCGGACCGCAAUCUGAUCAAGGCGACGGACGCGAAUAUCGAAGAGGAGACAGACCAGUCCGGCGCGGCGAAGCCCGACGGCGAUGCUGUCCAGCAUUCGGCCGGCGCCGUGGGCCGGGUCGAGUAUGACAUGGACGAGCAAGACGACAUGUGGCUUGAGAAGUUGAACGGCCAGCGCAAGUCCACCGAUCUUGACCCGAUAACCCGCGAAAUAUUCGAGAUCGCGAUAACGAAAAUUGAAAAGGAGUGGCAUGCGCUCGAGAAAAGGAUACCAAAACCGAACCCCAAGCCGCCGCAGACCCACAGGCCUCGGUCGAGCUCGGCAGCCGCGGUCAACGGUGAGCCACAGGCAGGCGAGGAGCAGGAUAGUAAAUGCGCCAUUUGCGAUGAUGGCGAUUGCGAGAACACGAACGCGAUCGUGUUCUGCGACGGUUGCGACCUUGCUGUCCACCAGGAGUGCUACGGCGUUCCUUUUAUCCCCGAGGGACAGUGGUUGUGUCGCAAAUGCCAGCUUAUUGGGCGUGGCAUUCCGACCUGCAUUUUCUGUCCCAAUACCGAUGGCGCGUUCAAGCAAACGAACUCCUCAAAAUGGGCGCAUCUGUUGUGCGCCAUGUGGAUCCCCGAGGUCUCUCUCGGAAAUCACACCUUUAUGGAGCCUGUCAUGGAGGUCGAAAAAGUGCCCAAGACGCGGUGGAGGUUGACGUGCUACAUCUGUAGCCAGCGGAUGGGAGCCUGCAUCCAGUGUUCUAACAAAAGCUGUUAUCAGGCCUUCCAUGUGACCUGUGCCCGCCGGUGCCGUCUCUUCCUUAAGAUGAAGAAUAGCCAGGGGGCGCUUGCGGUGCUUGAUGGCACUCUUCCGCUGAAGGCCUUUUGCGAUAAGCACUGCCCGCCAGAUUACGCCGAGGAGAACGGCGUCGCCCAGGCGACUAAGGAAGCUAAGCGCUUCUAUAAACGCACCAUGAAGGGCCGUCUCUGGGCCGAUAGCCAGGCUUCGGCCUUACAACUGGCCGCAACGCACCGCAACGCUAUGACCGAACGACCACCUGACGAAUCCCAAAUCACUGGAGCAAAGGUCUCGGCUGUGCUCGCCGAUAAGAAGAAGGGUCAACCACCCAAAAACAUCUGGAAAUUACCGUCCGGUGCGCCUAUUAUUCCACAGGCCGUUUUCGACCUAGUUGAAAGCGCACUCGCCAGGUUUCCCAUUAGGAAACGCAAGGACUUUGUGAGCGAAGCCUGCAAAUACUGGACGCUCAAGCGCGAGGCACGCCGCGGCGCCGCCUUGCUCAAGCGACUACAGCUGCAGAUGGAGACGUUUUCAUCCAUGGAAUUGACACGCCGCAACUUCGCAGCCAUGGGGCCCUCCGGCAAGGCACGGCUUGACAGGAGAGUCGAGUUUUGUGGAAACCUUGUCGACGAGCUUGCCAAGCUCAAGGAUCUGUGCCACCUGAUCGAAGAACGCGAGAGACUAAAACUUGAGGCGGCCGAGCUCGAAAUGGAGAUGAUCAACACCUGCUAUUUUCCGAUCUACAACCAACUGCACCCAAUCCUCGAAAAGGCAUUUUGCCUGGAUAAAAACGUUUUCAAGGAAGCCUUUCAGGAGCUGCAAGAGAAGAUGGACCGGCGCUACUAUGUGACGACCUUACCGUUUACCCAAGAGCUCUGCCAGGCUAUUAGUGCCGGCAUCGAAAAAGGCCCGACCUCGUCAGCUCCAGAUUCCGAGCCUGUCGAGGCCUCGCCAUCUAAACAUCACAAUUAUGCAGAGGUUGGCGCCCGGAGGCGCUUGGGCAAGCGGAUCCUCAAAUUGCUGCAGCCGGAGCUCGAAGGUAUGCUCGAGGCGAGCAUCCAGGUGCGGCGACAGCCCAUUGCCAGCAUCACGGUGUCCAGCGACGAAGACACGGCAGCCGGCCAAAGCCAGGAUGUGGACAUGGCCGACGCCCCGGUCGAGGGCCAGAUCAUAGUCGCCGACCACAGCGAAGGCGAGGCGGACGCUGAAGGCGAGCCUGAUGACCUCUUAAAUGGCGCCGGAACCCGGAAGAAAGAUUAA